GUCCCUCAGUAUGGGAGGCACAGAGCCUGCCCAGAGUUGGACGUUCCACAGACAGACAGGCAGACAUGAGGAACAGCGCUCCAUACAGCCAGCCAUGAGUAGGAGGAUACAACACAGAUCACUCCAGUGACUGACAAUAUAGUCUACAUCACACAACUGUGUAGUAUGGAUCCCUGUCCUGGAUCUGGACCAGCAACAACAACUAACAAGACAACUGGUGAUGAAUUGGAAUGAGUUCCACAUUGAGACUUGAGAGGACUUCUCAUCCAUUCCUACUGAUGGGAAGCGGCCAUCUUUCUGGAUCGACGGUCUACCUCCCAACCAUCUGAUUGACAACAGGACAGGAAGACAUGCUGUGAAGAGAGACAGAAGACAGACAGACAGACAGACAGACAGUCUAGUUGGAAGGCAUAAAGGACGACCAUUAGCCUGUGUUUCCUGCUGCCAUGCCGUGGUACAUCCUGCCCUGCCAGCCCAGCUGCCACAUGAUCUGGCUGGUUCUGGCUGCCCUUCUGCUGCUACUGACGGGCUGUGUGUCUGUGUCUCUGGAAGAGCUGCCCAGGGGCCCAGGGGACAUAGCUGGCAGCGGGUCCAUGAGCGCCAGCACUAACGCUCGCCAGUACAACUCUAUCCAGCACGGAUCCUGCACCUAUACCUUCCUGCUACCAGAGAACGCUGGGGGGAACAGGCCGUGCUGGACGGAGGCGGAGGGGGUCGGCAGCUCCAGCACCAGCCAGAGACAGGGCCAGUACCAGGGGAACACUCUACAGGGAGAUGCCCCCCUGAUAAAGCCCAAGCUCCCAGGACUGGCCCCGGCUCUGGGCAGCCAGAGAAUCCAACACUUGGAGCACGUCAUGGACAACUACACACAGUGGCUUCAGAAAAUUGAGAGAUAUGUGAAGGACAGUCUGAAUGUGGAGAUGGCUCAGCUACAGCAGAGUGCUGUCCACAACCACACAGCUGCCAUCUUGGAUCUAGGCACCAACCUCCUGACCCAGACUGCCCAGCACACACGGAAACUGACAGACGUAGAGAUCCAGGUGCACGACUGUGUCCAGGCUGUUCCUGAAGGGUCACAGUCGGACAGCACGAACGACAAACAGCCUGGUCAUCCUAACGGAACGCAAACUUCAGUACCGAGGAUAGCGGACAACGACAACUUGCAUCUGCAAAUGUGCUCUCAUGCCUUUACCGGGGGUGUGUCGUGA